AGUCGGGACAAAUGUUUGAGAUAAAACUGGUAACGAGCUAACGAGAAGUCACUAGUGCCGACCACCUUACUGCCAUGAAGAUUACACUUGCCUUUCUCGCCGCCCUAGUGGCUGUUGUUGUCAGUGAGACCUGCGUUGACAAAUCGAGAUGCGAAAAAACCAGCUGUAGUACUGAUUAUUCGGUGGAAUGUGUGGACAUUAUGGGCGUGCAUGUGUGCACGUGCAUGCACACGCAAAUUCACGGCGGAUGUACCGGAAAGAAUGACUGCAAUGGCAUACCCACCUUCGUCACUUCCUGUCCGAUUGAGUCUCAGCGCCAUUGUGUUGACGGAAAUUGCCGAUGUGAAACUCCAACAUCACACGGACACCACCAUGGAAAUGGUUUCGGGAACUCAGGAAAUUAAAAUCAGCUCAUGUUGGCAGCAAGUUUGCAAAAUAUAGUAGUAAAUUGUUUGACCAAUUUCCA